CCGGUUGAAGGUCUGCAGAAUCUAUAGUCGUCCUGUCCUGUUCCACUCGAAACAUCAUCGCCCCCAUCACCACCAGAACUAUACCACGAACCAUCCCUACUUUCCGGAGUAUACCACUUGUCUUUUACCACCUCACCAUUUGACCACCGCAACCAUGAUCUUCCUCCCUGUCCUCUUCACCACCCUCCUUGCGGCUACCAGCGCCGCCGCGGCAUCAACCAACACCACCACUUCCUCCUUCCCCAGCACCCUCAACAUCACCACCAUCACCGCCCACAACAACCAAUCCGCCCUCGAAUGCUGGGCCCUGGACCCGGGCUACACCACCUCCGCCCAAGCCGGCGUCUCCGGCACCGCCAUGCUCCCCCUCGGCCCUAUCACCGGCAACGCCACCAACAUACUCAUCCCGGGAAAUUACGAUGGUGGUCGACACAAUGCACCGACGAUUCAAUGGGUAAUUUUCCUCUCCGGCGUGGCCCAUAUCACAUUACCCAACUCAACGGAUGAGGCGUGGGUGAUUGGGGGACGGAACGGGGCGAUUUUGGCGUUGGAUACGGCGGAGGUUAGUACGCAGGGACAUUAUACGGUGUAUCCGACGGAGGAAAGUACCUUGGUUUGGGAGGUUCCGUUGGUGGAGGUUCCGGGGCAUAGGGUUUUGUAUAAGCGGGCUUGUGGGGGAGCAGAGGUUUAGGUUGUUUGGUGGUGAUGAUUAUGUGUGUAUGGAGUGAUAGUAGUUGAUGUUGUAGUGGUUUAUGGUUAUAUAUAUUGUUGGGGAGUCUGGUACGUAGUACAAGGCAGAU